UAACAGCUGAUUCGCGCUAAAUGGAUAUACGGUAUAUCUAAGCGUGGUUUAUAUUUUACAUAUGGUAUUUUAAAAUUUAUUUUUUCGUUGUUAAUAUUAUACAAUGGAUGUUGAAUGUCCAGUCUGCUCUCUCAAGUUUAAAAACGACGUCAUUAACUCUCAUUUAGAUAAAUGUCUAGAGAAAACGGAAUCUUCACACAACGCUUCGAAACGAUCGAGCGGAGAAACUUCCAACUUCUUUGAAGCAAAAAAGAUUAAGUCGAAUUCAGUUGAUAAUUUACCAAAAUCUGUUUCGGAAAAUGGAAAUUUAUGUCAGAAAUCAUUUUUAGAUUUUGAAAAGAAACCGAAAAAUUUUUUACCUAGUCCUAAAACUUCACAUAGUAUUGAUGAUAAAACACCUUCAAAACUUUUUGCACCACUUGCUGAUCAAAUGAGACCAAAUUCAUUAAAUGAAUAUAGUGGACAGGAACAUGUUCUUGGUGAAGAAUGUAUAUUAAGAAAAUUAAUUGAAAAAAAUGAAAUUCCUUCAAUGAUAUUUUGGGGUCCACCAGGCUGUGACAACUUUGGCCCAUAUAAUUGCAAAAAGAAGUCAAGAAUAUAGUAAAAUUAGAUUUGUCAAAUUAUCUGCUGCUUCUUCAGGUGUUAAAGAUGUGAAAGAUGCUAUUGAAGCUGCAAAAUCAGCUCAAAGAAUGUUUAAGAAGAAGACAAUACUCUUCAUUGAUGAAAUUCAUCGCUUUA